AUGGCUCAGAAUAUUAAGCCAGUGAAACCGCCCAAGGGCCAUUUCUUUUUGGCGGGGCGUACUUUUCCGAGAGUGCAAUGGUGGAAGAGGCCCAAUAUGCGCCUCUUGUACUUCUACAUUGCAGUUUUGAUUGCAACCAAUACAGCCAACGGUUUCGAUAAUUCAAUGAUGAAUGGCUUACAAACUCUGUCUUACUGGCAGGACUAUUUCAAUCACCCCCAAGGACCUACCCUUGGUCUAUUCAACUGCGUCAUGAGCGUGGGAGCAUUGACUGGACUAGUCAUUCUUCCCUUCAUGUUGGAUCGUCUGGGGCGAAAGCCAUGCUUAGUCUUCGGUUCAAUGUUUAUGCUGCUUGGCGUUGCCCUGCAGUCCGGAUCGAUCAACUUUUCCAUGUUCGUAGCCGCUCGAUAUAUUCUGGGAUUUGGCGACAUUAUUGUCAUAUGUACUGCUCCAAUGCUCAUUACAGAGAUCGCACCUGCUCAAGAUCGAGCAAUCUUGGUCACAAUUGCUGGUGCAACUUACCACGCGGGUGCAUUCAUCGCAGCUUGGACUACAUACGGUACUCUGAAGAUUCAAAGUGAAUGGUCCUGGAGAGCCCCCAGCUUGAUUCAAGGACUCUUUACUAUUUUGAUGCUUGCAGUCGUCUGGUGGAUCCCCGAAAGUCCAAGAUACUAUAUCUCCAAAGAUCAGCCGGAAAAGGGACUUCAAAUUCUUGCAUACUAUCACGCUGAAGGGAAUGAGGCGGACGAAGUUGUGCAGUUGGAGUUCACUGAAAUCACGACGGCGAUUGCUAUGGAGAAGAACUCUGAGCAUUCCAGCUCGUAUGUGGACUUUUUGCGCACACCAGGAAAUCGCAAACGACUCCUAAUUAUCGCUUCGUUUGGUCUUUUCGCUCAGUGGUCAGGAAAUGGGUUGGUGUCAUACUAUUUGAAUCUCAUCAUGGAUAGCAUCGGUAUCACGGAUGCGAACCAACAGCUGCUCAUCAACGGCGCAUUGACUUCGUUCAACCUCGUUACCAAUGUGUUUUUCAGCUUUUUCGUCGACAACUGGGGUAGGCGACCUAUUAUGAUUGUAAGUUCGGCGGGAAUGCUUGUCUCUUUUGUGAUCUGGACAGCGCUGUCGGCAAAAUACGACGCACAUGCUAGCUCAAGUCUAGGAUCUGGCGUGUUGGGAAUGAUCUUCAUAUACUAUCUGUUCUACAACCUCAAGUCGGGUUUGAUUGCCAGUUAUACCACCGAGAUCCUUCCGUAUUCUAUGCGGGCCAAGGGAUACACGAUUAUGGAAUUUGCCAUGUACAUUGCGCUGUUCUUCAACCAAUAUGUGAACCCUAUCGCACUUGACAAUAUCCACUGGCGAUAUUAUAUCUUCUACUGCUGCUUCUUGGCACUCGAGGUCGUUGUGAUAUGGUUCUUCUAUGUGGAGACUCGCUAUGUGCCACUGGAGGAAAUAACCAAGUUGUUCGAUGGCGAUGACGUGGCAGCGGCGACCAAUGUAGAGAUGGAAAAAGCCUUGGAGUCGGGCAAGGGCUUCACAACCGCAGUACACAUCGAGGGUGCAGAUUGA